UCAGGGUCGACUGAAGCAAUGUCUUAUACAAUUGUCUUCCCCGUCAAAGCACCAUUUCUCAAUCUAAGAAUGUCCUUAUCUCCAAUAAGUUUAAUUUUAUUUUUCUUCUUGCAGGUAGUGUUAAGCUGAACUAAGCUUUAACAAUAUGUCAUGGCUUCAUUUGGUAGUAGAAAUGCAAAAUUAGAGAUUAAUGGAAGGUUAAUGAGAUUUUGUAGCUGGUCUGCUCGGUUGUUUUUAUUGUGUCAUUCUUCGGCUGUCAUGCUCAUCUGCACCGGUGUUUUUGCAGUGGUUAGGAUGGUUUGUGUCUCGGAAGUUGGAAUUGGAUCAAGCUGCUUGAGUGUUGUCCGAUACACAACAGUUGGUGAAAUACUUCUCUGCAAUCGCGGUGUAGUAGAAUCUACAUAUAUUAGGACUUUUGUUGGUAUCUUGAGAUGUUUAGGAUCUAAUUAUUCAAGUAUAUGGUGUGAUGUUAAUUGGCUUGAAUAAUUCUAGCUAUUGUUGAAUUUAAA